AACUACACUAAAAAAAAAAAAAAAAAAACACAACAGAAUUGAAGUGCUUUUAAAUUUUCUUUGUGCUUGUUACUAAAAACCCUAGAGAGUAUCUCAGCAAUUGCAGAUCGCAACGCAAUUUCGAAGUUUCUUUCAGUUUUCUAGAUUGGGAAAUCACAUGACAUAUGCUCGCUCUUUUACUCUUUCUAAGACCUUGAAUUUUGGAGCUAUAUUACCUUGGCGGUCAUUGAACUUUUACUUGAAUCAUCUACCAAAUUGUUCUGUUAGGGCAAUAAGGAUGGAAAGCAAUAACAAUAACAAUUGCAACCUAAGUGUUGGUAAUACUGAUUCAAGAGGUGCUUUGAUAGUUCUAGAGGGUUUGGAUAGAUGUGGGAAGACUUCACAAUCUGGUAAAUUACUCUCAUACUUGGAGGGUCUGGGUCACUCGGCUGAGUUAUGGCGAUUCCCUGACAGAACUACAAGUGUCGGGCAAAUGAUAUCUGCUUAUCUUUUGAAUCAGUCGCAGUUGGAUGAUCACACAAUUCAUCUGCUCUUCAGUGCUAAUCGUUGGGAGAAGAGGUCAAUGAUGGAAACUAAACUGAAAGCUGGAACUACUCUAAUUGUUGACCGUUACUCUUAUUCUGGGGUGGCAUUCUCCUCUGCCAAAGGAGUUGAUGUUGAAUGGUGUAAGGCGCCCGAAAUGGGGUUGCUGGCUCCAGAUGUGGUACUUUUCCUAGAUAUACCACCAGAGAAAGCUGCUGAAAGAGGAGGCUAUGGAGGUGAGAGAUAUGAGCACCUUGAGUUUCAAAAGAAAGUUGCCCAAUGCUAUCAGAUCCUCCGUGAUUCCUCCUGGAAGAUCAUAGAUGGCUGCCAAGGUAUUGACGAAGUUGAGAAAGAGCUGCAUGAUAUUGUAGUGGAUCAUGUCUUAGCUUGCAAAAAGGGGAAACCCCUUUCCCUCCUCUGGUCACCUUAGUUAAUUCAUGCUAUCUUUUGUUCAUGAAGAGAACGUGAAACAGGUAUUGUCCCGAGCUUUUUUCGGGUGUUUUUCUCUCUGCAGAAUCAUUGAUUACUCGACCGAAAAGCCAUUGAGUUUCAUAUUCAUAUAAUUUAAUAUUAUGACUUUUUCAUAUUUCUGGGAAUCUUAAGGUUAUCCGAAAUUAUUGGUUAAGGAAUACAUUGCAGUUUCGUAAUUUAAUAUGAAACAGUU